AUGCCAGCAAUACCCCCCUCCCAACUAAUUUCCCUACAAUCUAACCCGCAGAACAUAAGGAACAUAUGUAUCCUCGCACACGUUGACCACGGCAAGACUUCAUUGACCGACUCCCUCAUCGCUACCAAUGGCAUCAUAUCGCCCAAGAUGGCGGGAAAAGUCCGCUACCUCGACUCGAGGCCGGACGAGCAAAUUCGCGGCAUCACAAUGGAGAGUAGCGCAAUCAGUUUAUACUUCAGUAUGAUGCGCCGGGCACAGGAAGAUGCUUCGCCAAAGAAGGAGGAAUACCUGAUAAACCUGAUUGACAGCCCUGGCCAUAUCGACUUCUCCUCCGAAGUGUCCACGGCCUCGAGACUGUGCGACGCGGCGGUUGUGCUCGUGGAUGCCGUGGAGGGUGUAUGUUCGCAGACGGUGACGGUACUACGGCAGGUAUGGAUCGAGAAACUCAGGCCACUGCUCGUCAUAAACAAGAUUGAUAGACUGGUUACGGAGUUAAAGAUGAGUCCAGCGGAAGCCUAUUCGCACCUCGAGAGGGUUCUUGAAGGCGUAAAUGCUGUUAUCGGCGGCUUUUUCGCAGGCGAGAGAAUGGAAGAGGACCUGUUGUGGAGGGAGAAACUGGACCAGAAACGUGCUGCGAAAGAGCAACAGAAACAAGAUGCGUUGAGCGAGACCGCGACCGAAUCCGACCUAGAUCAACAAUUCGAAGAACGGGACGAUGAAGAUUUAUAUUUUGCCCCGGAGAAGAACAAUGUCAUUUUUGCGAGCGCUAUCGAUGGCUGGGCAUUUACAGUACGGCAGUUCGCUAGCAUCUACGAGAAGAAGUUGGGCAUCAAGAGAUCAAUCCUUGAGAAGGUAUUAUGGGGCGACUUUUACCUCGACCCCAAGACGAAGAAGGUACUUGGUCAGAAACACUUGAAGGGAAGAAAUCUUAAACCCAUUUUUGUUCAACUCGUGCUUGAUCCAAUUUGGCAAGUCUAUAAUGCGACAGUGGGCGUCAACGGUGAGCGCGGAGACCCUGCACUACUCGAGAAAAUCACCAAGUCAUUAUCGAUUAAACUACCACCACAUAUCGCAAAGUCCAGGGAUCCCAAGACCAUAUUGCAGGCUGUAUUUGCGUCAUGGCUGCCACUGUCGACGGCCCUGCUUGUCUCUGUCAUAGAAUACUUGCCCAGCCCACCCAGCGCCCAGGCCACAAGAAUGCCCGAAUUGAUCGAAGACUUGGUUAGUACGAGGUAUAUUGACGACAAGGUGAAAGAGUCGAUGAUUGGAUUCAGCACUGAGGCGACGGCACCGGUGGUGGCGUAUGUUAGCAAAAUGGUAGCCAUCCCAGAAAGCGAAUUACCAUCGAAGAGGAGAAAACUUGGCGCAGCGCUGACGGCAGACGAAGCAAGAGAGCUUGCUAGACGCAAGCGUGCUGAAAUCGCAAAAGCACAGGCCGAAGCCGAAGGUAACAGCAGUGUGGACGGGGUUACCAAUGGUUUGAGCAAUGCCGGAAUAGGUGAAGAGGAUGAAGACGAAUUGACACCGGAGCAACCAGAGGACCCCGAGCAUCUGAUUGGGUUCGCUCGAUUGUUCUCAGGCUCAUUGUCAGUUGGUGAUGAGGUUUAUGUCUUACCGCCAAAAUUCAACCCUGCAUUCCCUCAUGCUUCGCCGGAGCCGAAGAAGGUCCCUAUCACGGCUUUGUACCUGCUCAUGGGUCGGUCGUUGGAGCCGUUGGAGACAGUCCCCGCCGGCGUCGUCUUUGGCAUUGAAGGACUGGAAGGGCACAUCCUCAAAACUGGGACGCUAUGUUCGCAGCUCGAAGGUGGUGUUAACCUCGCGGGCGUUUCGACUUUGAGCCAGCCCAUUGUUCGCGUCGCCCUCGAGCCGACGAAUCCAAUGGAUCUUAACAAGAUGAUACGUGGUUUAAGACUGUUGGAGAAGAGCGACCCUUGCGCUGUUUACGAACAGAUGGAGAGUGGCGAGCAUGUCAUUCUCACCGCUGGUGAACUGCAUUUGGAGCGGUGUUUGAAAGAUCUGCGGGAGCGAUUCGCGAGAUGCGAUAUCCAGCCCGGCGAGCCUAUUGUGCCGUAUCGCGAGACAAUCGUGAAAGCGGAAGAGAUGGAACCGCCUAAGACCAAAAACCCGAGAGGGACAGCACUGGCUGUGACAGCUUCGAAGACAGUGACCGUGAGGUUGAGAGUGCGACCGCUACCCCGGAGUGUUACUGAAUUUUUGAUCAAGCACGGACCAUCACUUCGACGACUGUAUGCCGAGAAGCAGGCCCAAGAAGAUGGCGUCGAAGCGGAGAAAGACGAAGUUGCAGAUCUAGGGAAUGAGACAGGCAACGAGCGGAGUAUUCUGUCGCUUCAAGAGUUCCGGACACAGUUACAGGCUGUAUUUGACGAAGUAAAGGAGGAAAAGGAAGUUUGGGCGAAAGUCAUUCCGCGGAUAUGUGCGUUUGGACCUCGGAGAGUAGGGCCAAACUUACUCAUCGAUGCUACUGGAACAAAUACGUGCAAACGAUUCUUGCUAGAGCUAGGUGAAUUGAAGGAAAGCGGUGGUAACGGAACGAGGAACGGACAUGGUGAAGGGAGCGUCGAUACAACGAGUUCAACGCACGACUUCUCGGACACGAUUGCAUAUGCAUUCCAACUUGCGACGGCCCAAGGUCCACUAUGUCGAGAACCCACUCAAGGCGUUGCUGUUUUCUUGGAAGAAGUAGUCUAUCAACCCGUUGACGACACCGAUGCGAGCACUGAGUCUGGGAGAUUGACCGGAGAGCUCAUCACCAGUGUGCGGGAGAGUAUCCGAUCUGGAUUUCUUGACUGGUCGCCCCGAAUAUUGCUUGCCAUGUACUCUUGCACCAUCCAAGCGACUCCCGACGUAUUGGGCAAAGUGUACAGUGUCCUCACGCGGCGGAGAGGAUCCAUUCUUAGCGAGUCGUUAUUGGAAGGGACGCCAUACUUUACGAUCGAGGCGACACUACCUGUCGCGGAAAGUUUUGGCUUCAGUGAAGAGAUAAGAAAACGGACUUCAGGUCUGGCACAGCCCAUGCUUCAGUUCAUUGGAUUUGAGAUGAUCGAUGAUGUUGACCCAUUCUGGGUGCCGAGAAGCGAGGAGGAAUUGGAGGACUUGGGUGUCCAUGGUGAGAGAGAAAACGUGGCGAAGAAGUACGUGGAUGGUGUGCGACGACGAAAAGGUCUGCUCGUAAGAGCGGCACGAGGUGGCCGAGACGCAGAGAAGCAAAAGACUUUGAAGUCAAAUUAG